CAGCGAUUUCUCUGCUGCGGAUUGAUACGGCUGUUGUCAAGCCGAGGUGACGCGUUCUCCUUGGAUUCGGCAAACUGCGCCUGCGCGCUGGGUCUUAACCAUCAUGGCGGUGUCUCUACAAAAAUAAGAGCUAAUAUUCGGUGAUUGAAGACAACCAAGAAAAAAAACAAGCGCAAAUGAGAACAUGUACACAGAUAAGAAAAUAACAAAGGAAGACACAUGGAGACCUGCAGACCUGAGGAGACACAUCAGGGAGGAAGAACGUGGUGGUGACGAUACCAGGAGGCGCGAUGGCUAUGAUAGAAGGUACCGUGGUGGGGAAUCCACUGAGAGACGCCAUAGGGACCCAGAAAAGGAGUCUAGACGUGAGAAGGAGAGGCUCAGGGAAAGGGAGAGCACAGGGAGAGAGAGAAGAGAUGAAGGGAAAAAAGACAGAAGGAAAGAGGGCUCACAAGAUAGGAGAGCUGAGAGAGGAAAUGAAAGGGAGACGACAAGGGAAAGGGAGAGAUUUGUAGAUGUAAGGAGGUAUGGUGAUGACUACAGAGAAAAUAAGGAGAAGAGAAGAGACCUAGAGGAAAAACAUGAAAGGGAUAGGGAUAAGGAAAGACACAGAGAUAAGGAGAAAGAGAGGGUAAGGGACAGAGAUAGACACAGGGAGGAAGACCGGAGUAAAAGGAGGGAUGAUGGAGAUAAGGAAAGAAAAAGAGAGGAGCAGGACAGAGAGCUUAGGGAUGAUGGGGAGAGAAGAAGACACAAGGAAAGCAGGGAAGUAAGAGGAGCUCAGAUAGAACAGCACCACAGGGAGGAGAAAGAUCGGCAUCGGGAGAGAGAGAGACACCAAAAUGAAUAUGAAGACACAAGGAAUGCCAAGGAAGAGAGACACAGAGACAUGAAGCAUUCGGAACAGAAAGAGGACAGAGAGUAUAAAGAAGAACAUAGAAAACGUAAAGAGGAGAGAGAACGGAGGCACAGAGAGAGAGGACAUCAUGAGGAGAAACAGAAGCACGACAGUGAAUACAGAGAGCAUCGAGGGGAAGAGAUCAAACAUCAUCGUGCUGACAGAGAGCGGGCUGAGAGGGAACCCAAAGACAGAAGGUACAAAGAGGGAGAAGACCCAGGAAACAAACACAGGGAGAGAAGGCACAAACAUGAAGCUGACGUGGAAAGGAAACACAAAGAGAGAAGGCACAGGGAGGAAGACGAUCACAGAGACAAGAGAUCAUCAUCUGGCAAGAGUCAUGAGAGGAAUGUGGUAGAAACAGAGGAAGUUGACUUGGUUUCUGAGCAGUGGAUACCUGCUGUGAAACAUGAAGCAGACACAGAGGAGCCUCAAGUUGUCAAUGAUGAAGAUUUGGCUGACCAGGAAUAUGAAGACGAUUUUGAGAAAAUGGAUUAUGAAGAGGAUUUUGAGGAGCUGAAUGAGAGCACUAAUGAAGAUGAGGACGAGAAGGAGCCAUUGCAUCCACAGGCGGGUGAAGCAAAGGAGGAGCUUUCAGCACAGCGGAGAAAGGAGAUUGAAGCUAUUCGGAGAGCCAUGGAUGAAGAGAAUGAGAGAAUUGGAACAACACAGUCCAGACAAAGUACAAGCAGAGAAGUGGAGGAGGAGAGGCCUAAAUGGUCCAGAGACACUGAAAAGAUCCAGAGUAGAGCCUCCCAACGCGGAAAGUUUAUUGACUUCGUAGCUGCAAAGCAACGCGAAGUCAGCAAGAAAGUUGCCAGUAAGCAAAAGAAGAGAAGUACAGAGCUGCUUCGUUUAAUCGAUCUGGAUUUUUCCAUGACUUUCUCCCUUUUGGAUCUGCCGCCAGUCAAUGAGUAUGACAUGUACAUCAGAAACUUUGGAAAUGCAAACACUAAACAGGCUUACGUUCAGUGUAAUGAGGAUAAUGCAGAUCGAGACAUCCAGACAGAGGAAAUAGAGAUGUCUGAGAAGUGGACGCAGCAUCCUCCGGAGCGCAGUGGAGCAUGCGGGGAUCCAAACCUCUCUAAGGAAGCACGAGACAAACAGAGAAGUGAAAUGAACUAUGAUUCACAGCGUCUGGCAUCAUUUCUGCGCUCAGCCUCACAGGUCAUGGUUGUCCUGCUGGAAGAGGAUCAAGCUGAGAGAAAGUCCCUGGAGAAACUGAGCACUCAGUCAGACACGCUGUCUUUCAGCGAUGGAAGUUUACAGCUCAACACUGAGUUGCCUUUUCUUUAUGAUCGUCAGAUUAGCAUGCUGCACUUCUCUCAGGUCCAAAAGCACACCAUGCUGUCAGUUCACAUGCCCACGACUAAACCCAGCGCCAAGCAUCUUGACAGCUGUACCAUCAUCUGCAUCUGGAACAUCUGGGAGCCAUCCAGGCCUCAGAAGAUCCUUGUUUAUGAGUCUGAGAUCCAGUGUUGCUGUUUCAGCCCUGGAAAGGUCACGCUGGUGUUUGCAGGCACAUCAGUCGGCUCUGUGGUGCUGUGGGACCUUAGGGAGCAGUCUAGUAACCACUAUAGCUUAAAGAUGGGGGAGGAAGAGUGGACAUUCAGGCAGCCUACCUUCUCCACUGAUGCAGUGUUGGCCGCCACAGGCCAUUUCUCAUCUGUGACCUCUGUAGAAGUUGUCCCCUCUGCACUAGCAGGGGAGCUGAGGGCAGACGUCCCACUGUUGGCAUCCGAGGAAGAGUCAUCAGGACUGUCAUUCCAGCUGGCGUCUUUGGAUGAAAGUGGAGUUUUAAAUUUUUGGGUGGUGGUAGAGCUCCCAAAAGGCAACGAGGCAGGCUCUCCAACAGAUCUGGGCCUCCGGCCUGGCGGCAAAGUGAAGUUGCUUCACAGCUCGUCCGUCUUCGCUGCUGAGAGUCUCAGGGGGUCACCGCGAGAUGUAGUUAAAACAGGGCCGCUGCACACGCUGCUUUUAAAAUUCCUUCCAACAGACUCCAAUCAUUUCUUUAUUGGCACCAACAUGGGGCUGGUCCACCAUGGAACGAGUCACGGUUUGAAGGCACCCCCCAAAUUUUACAGGUUUCGGGAUGUUGAAGUGCAGCCUGUCGAUGUCACCUCAAUCCACUUUUCUCCCUUCAGACCACACUUGUUCUUGGUGGGUUGUGGCAAUGGCAGCAUCAGGCUGCAUGCAGUCAGCCAUGAGCAGCCUGUGGCACAGUGGAAGAACAGUACAGCUGGUGAACCGGUGGUCUCCCUGCAGUGGGCACAGACCAGAGCGACGGUCUUCUGUGUACUCGAUGCUGCAUGUAACCUCCACAUAUGGGACCUGUUGAAAGAUGACACACAGCCUGUGGUCACUGAGAGAAUGAGUGCUGACAGGGUGACAGACAUGGCUUUGUUUGGACAAUCUGGAAAACAAAACACAUAUUCAGGAGUAGCACUGGCACAUGAGUCAGGGAAAAUUGAAAUGCAGUAUUUCAAAAGAAGUUUGACUGUGUCCAGCACUGCAGAAGAGGAGAAGCUGUUGGAGAGAAUGACGACUGAAGCCUUUUGAAAUGUGCUGUUUGUGAGAGCAAAUACAUCAUUUUAUAACCCUGUUUUCUGUUGCAGUUACUUUCUAUAAUAGAAGUCCUAUUUUUUUGUUUUGUUUUGUUUUAUUUGAGCCAAUGUCACCACGCACUGAAACAAAAUUUACAUAGUUGUGAGAAGGAUGUAGCUAAAUACCAAAGAUCUUCCACAUUCAUUACCAUAAAUAUAGUAUAUAAAACAUAUGCACAUUUGCUGAUGUAAAUAUUUCUACUUUUUGUUUACAUGGAAUAUUUCUAUGAUGUUUCAUUUUAUAUAAUAAACUAUAUAAAGCUGUG